UUUUCAUUGAACACAAUCAAACUAUUAUUUCUUUCUCAAUCCCAUCGCCACUCUUAUAAAAAAUUUCUUGGGUUUCUCGUUUAAUUCAAACCCAACCAUGCCUAUAAAUAUCCCUCUCUCUCUCUUAGAGUAAAAAAAUCAGACCAAUUCAUCCUUUCUCACAUCUCAUUCCUCUCUAAAAAAACAGACCAUUCAUUCUUUCUCUCACUAUCCAAUUCUCUCUCACCAUGGCUCUGAAAUACAUGUUACUUCCCCUCCUUUUCAUUGAGAUUCUCCUCCUCUCUCAUCCCACAAAAAGUGACCCCAUAAUUGAUGGUGUGUGCAAAUUGGUGGACUGUGGUCAAGGGACCUGCAAUGCAUCCAACCAAUUUUUGGUGCCUUUUAAGUGUGUAUGUUUUCCUGGAUGGAAAAAUAUUGAGAUUGGCACACUUGUUGGCUUUCUCCCUUGUGUCAUCCCCAACUGCACGCUUGACCUUGGUUGUGGGGAAAGUGCACCUCCACCUCCUUUCUCUCUCUUGCCACCAAUCCUUCCACCUCCAAUCAACCUUUCGGACCCAUGUACUUACACGUUGUGUGGAGAAGGAAAAUGUGUGACGAUAGAUGAAACUAGUCAUGUGUGCGAAUGCAACCCAGGAUCUGCCAACCUCUUGGGUUCAUCAAACCUUCCUUGUUUCAAACAAUGUUCUUUGGGAGCUGAUUGUGGGGGAAUUGGGUUUGGGGCACCACCUCCUCCAUCAUCUAAUGGUGGGGCACCCGGCGAUGGACAGCAAGCAGCUGUUGGGACAACGUUUAAAGAUUUAUUCAAGCACUUGGUGUUAUUGAUUUUGCUAAUGUGUAUGGCUCUCUAUAUUCCUUGGAAUAUGUGGGAGAUAUGAAUUUGAAGACCCAGCAAGUUCAAGAUUCAAAUAUUGAUUGCAUGGAUUAUGGCAUUCGAGAGAGGAAAUCUUUUCAUGAAGAAUACAUUUUAGUUUUUUAAGUUUUUCCCCGAGGUGCAGGUUAGUAAUGAAAUUGGAAGAUGCAAAACUAUGAAUGUCUCUUGUAUUUGUGUUAUGAUUACUUAAUGAGCAAAGAGCAACACAUAUUUUAUAGCA